UACGUGGAUUUAGCAGAUCUAUAGACGGUGUGUGAGGCAGUCUGCUGGGUUAAUACAGCUGCUGUCGAUGCUUUAGACGUCAGUGAAACCUGUCGUUCACGGCCGGGCUGCGGCAGCAGAGGCGACGUGUGAGUCUGGGGUGAAAAUGGCAGAUAGGAAGAAUAAUAAUGUUUCCAACAACAGUGCGAAUUUACUCUUCAGCGAAGCUCCGGAGUUUAACUUCAACCUGCCCUUCAUGCCGGUGAGCCAGGCCUCUGGUCCGGCGGUGUUGUCAGGAGUUGAUUCCACUGAUGUUGGAGAAGAAGACAGCUUUCUAGGUCAGACCUCUGGGAAUGGACAGGCCCCCUCCACGUUCAACUACUUCUCCAGCCCCGUCACCAGCAGUGACCCGUUUGCAGCCAUCGGCCAGUCGCCAUGCCCACCGCCGGCCCUGUCAGCAGCCCCGACGUCAACAGGUCCGGUGUCUGUUCCCAGCAGUGUCAGCAUGGCUCCACCACCCCAUCCAGGCUCACAAAUGAACCCUGCACCUCCAGCGUUUGGCGGUGCCGUUUACCAGAGCCCUAUGGGGCGUCACACUCCUCCCCCCACAAUGACCCCACCGCCUCCCCAGAUGCAGCCGCAGAGUCAUAACCCAUACCGACACACCCCCAUCAGCAGCAGAGCCAGUCCGUAUAUUCCAGCUCCAGAGGUCCUGCCGCCAACACACACACCUCAGCAGAACCCAUAUGCUCUGAGCUCUCCGCCACAGACAUUCCCCAUGUCAGGACCAUCAUUCACAAAGCCUCCUCUCACACAAGGUCCUCCGCCUACAGCCACCACUGCCGGAGCGAUAGUUCCUGCUGGUCCCAUGAUGCCAUACAAUUACAAUGUCUAUGAGCCUGUUCAGCCUCACUGGUUCUACUGCAAGCAAGUGGAAUCAAAGAGUGUCUGGCUUCCCUUCAGUAUCAUUGACUCUCUUCAGCUAGAGGAGACGUAUAACUCAGUUCAACCAGACCCAGAAAAUGUGAUCAUACGUACGGAUGGAGGUCGUUACGACGUGCAGCUCUAUGACCGCAUGCGGACUGCGGUGUACUGGGAAGAGGAGCCCACAGAGGUCCGGCGCUGCAGUUGGUUCUACAAAGGGGAUACGGAUAGUCGCUUUGUUCCUUACUCUGAGGAGUUUAGUGACAAGCUGGAGGCAGAAUAUAAGAAAGCCGUGUCUACCAACCAGUGGCACCGUAGACUGGAGUUCCCGUCAGGAGAGACCAUUGUCAUGCACAAUCCAAAGGUGAUUGUGCAGUUUCAGCCCUCCUGCAUCCCAGAUGAGUGGGGCACAACUCAGGACGGGCAGACCCGGCCCAGAGUGGUGAAGAGAGGCAUUGAUGAUGACCAUGAUGAAGUACCAGAUGGCGAGCUCUCAAAGGUGGAUCAUCUUGUGUUCAUGGUGCAUGGAAUCGGUCCUGUGUGUGACCUGAGGUUCAGGAGCAUGGUGGAGUGUGUGGACGACUUCCGCAGCGUGUCACUGAAGCUGCUGCACAGUCACUUUAAGAAUCCGCUGGAUGAGCACACCAUCAGCAGGGUGGAGUUCCUCCCUGUCCAGUGGCACACAGCACUACAUGGAGAUGCCACAGGGGUGGACAGGAGGAUAAAGAAGAUUACGUUGCCCAGCACUGGACGUUUACGUCACUUUACAAAUGAGACUUUGUUAGAUGUGCUCUUCUACAACAGUCCGACUUACUGCCAGACCAUCAUGGACACAGUUGCCCAAGAGAUUAACAGACUAUACGCCCUGUUCAUGGUGAGGAACCCAGACUACAGAGGAGGCACAUCAGUGUCCGGACACAGUUUAGGUUCCUUGAUUCUCUUUGACCUGUUGUCAAAUCAGAAGAAUGGCUCUCCUGCACUCACCAUGCCAAUCGUACCCGCUGCUAAUGGAGACACCAAACAGGUGGCAGCUGCCGUUACACAGGGAAAUAAUGCCGUCACCUCUCCAGCUGUGGAAGAGGAGCCCAAAGAAGACGGAGAGGAGUUUGAGGAUCUUUCUGCCAUGCUGGAACACCUGGGCCUGUCUGAGUACAAGAAUACCUUUGAUGAGGAGAAAAUUGACAUUGAGUCUUUUCUUAUGUGCACAAUUGAGGACCUGAAAGAGAUGGGAAUCCCACUGGGUCCCAGGAAAAAGAUCGCCAAGUUUGUCAAAGAACGAGUGAAUAAGCAGGCUGCGGCCCAGGAGAAGAAGGCCCAGGUCAAAGAGGUCAGUCAGGUCAGUCAGGUCGCGGCGCCCCCACCAGCAGCUGAAGCUCUUCCUGAUCUCUCUGUGAAGAAGCUUCCAGUGGGCAACUCCAUCCACGUCGACUACAACUACUUUGAAGUUGGCACUGGACAGGUGUCAGUGGUGUACCAUGCUCUGGACUUUGAGCCCAUUAAUUUCUUUGCCUUGGGUUCGCCAAUCGGCAUGUUUCUGACAGUCAGAGGAGUGGAAAAGAUUGAGGAGUCGUACCAGCUGCCCACGUGCAAGGGAUUCUUCAAUAUUUACCAUCCGUUGGACCCCGUGGCAUACCGGAUUGAGCCCAUGAUAAUACCAGACAUGGACUUUAAGCCUGUUUUGAUUCCACAUCACAAAGGGAGGAAGAGGCUUCAUCUCGAGCUGAAGGAGAGUCUCACCAGGAUGGGCUCUGACCUGAAGCACGGUUUUAUCAGCUCCCUGAGGAGCGCCUGGCAGACGCUCAAUGAUUUUGCUCGCGCUCACACCUCGUCUGCCCAGCUUCAGGCCGAGCUGGCCAUGGUAGCCAAUCAGAUCGAAGAACAGGAGAAGCAGGCGCAGGAGGAUCAUAAGAUCCAAGAGAGCCCUGAGCCCCCGAAAGAGGAGGAGCCUCAGGUGAAGGUCGGGAUGCUGAAUGGAGGGAAUCGCAUCGACUACGUGCUGCAGGAGAAGCCCAUCGAGAGUUUCAACGAGUACCUGUUUGCCCUCCAGAGUCAUCUCUGCUACUGGCAAUCUGAAGACACAGCUCUGCUCAUUCUCAAAGAGAUCUACAAGACCAUGGGGAUCCAUCCAGAACAGAUGGCACAUUAAUACAAUGAAGUACCGGAGAUGAAAAGAAGCCUGUCUGAAACUUUCCAUUUGGUUUACUUCAUGUCGGUUUACCUGGAUUUUAAUUUUUCUAUUUUUUUCUUUUAUUUUCUAUUCAUGUAGUUUAUUGUAUACAGAUGAAUAAUACAAUUGUAUUAUGCCAUUUGUCUUAAAUUAAGAAACAUACAAAUGAGCUUGUAGAUUCAAAGACACAGGCAUGUUUGAUAUUACAUUUUAUAGUAUAAAUUAUAGAAAUGAUCAAGUUUACUGAAAAUAUGUAUAAUCAAAGCAAUGCAAACAGCAGAAAUGACUAUGACUUAACAUUUAAUGUAGCCUUCUGUAAGUUUUAUUUAAUGGCCAAAAUUUCAAAAUAAAUCAUUUCCUUGCACAGGUUCUUUGUUUGAAUUGUUAUGUACUGCUGAGAGGAAGACAUGUAACAUUUCUCCUGCAGGGUGAGGAAAAUGUAAAUCUACAAAAAGCUGUAUUAUUAGCAAAAACAUGAAAUUAAAAUACAGUACAGGAUGAGAUGCAAGAAUAACCUGCUUUGAUUGUGAGAAAAAUAAAGCACUUCUUGCCAGCUCUACAUUUUGACAGCUGUUCUUAUUAACAUCACGCCUCUCUAACCUCUGUGACUGAACUGUUCAGCUGCAACAUCCUCUCAUUAUGAGAUGGAACAAAAAUUGAAAAACAUUUCAUGUCACUUUAAGCAGUUAGUCGUGUAAAACUAACAAGAAUGAAACAGAAAUAUUAGAAAAAGUAUUUACAAGAGGGGCUGUAACAUUCAAACUCAUUCCAGUAUUAGGAAUCAUAACGUUGUGAGUCACACUCAGCGGGCGUAACUGACAAAUCUUAAUGUUAUUUAGACAAUAAUACUGGUCCACAUAGACCUGAUAUCAUAGCGCUGCAUGCUAUAGGCAAAUCUUUGCUCCUGGCUCUUUAUCUAUUAAAUCAUGCUUCUCUUGUUAAACCGAUCACUUAGAAGCUGUCUUCCGCAAAGGAAGAUAGUGACUCGCAUACAAUACAUAAAAAUAGUUCCCUUUUUUAACCACAUUGCCACUCUGAAACAACAUAUAAAUAUAAUAUUAACAGGACGACUUCAUACACAACUGCCAAUAUACUGUAACAGCAAAGAUUGUAAUUUGCUUCCACGCUCAAUUUGCACAGUUCAGAAAUGUACUGGUUGUCGUGGGGUCAACUUCCAUUUUUUAAAAACCUCCAUUUUAACAAAGUGCACCUCCUUAUUUUUCCUUUUGUCAACAGUAAAUAAAUAGUUGUAUAGCUGGACUUAUUAACCUUUUGUAACUGUUUUGUUUCAGUUGUAUUUGAUCUUGUUUGAUAUUUUUUGGGAGGGGAGGCAGAAAUCCCCAAUAACAGCUGAACUCGACUGGCUGAGGUCACAUUCAGCAGCGAAAGCUCGUUAAGCAGAAGGUGAUAAUGGUGAAGAAACUGGCUGCAAGUCAGCUGCAGUGUUGGAAGCAGGUAAAAUGGCUAAAUGAGAAGUCAUGUUUCCCCAAGAUAUUAACGGCAUGAAACACAACGUCAACCUAAAUCCACGGGAUAUAUUACUUGUUAGUUCUCAUCCAGCAAGUCGAUUGUGUAUCUGUGUUUGAUACUGCUGUUGUACCAUGUUGUAAAGAUUCACAUUGGUUAAUGUUUGUCUUUGUACAUUCAUUUGUCUACAGCUGUGCGGUGAAAUGCAGAAGGAUCCAUGUAAACAUGUCUUUGCUGUAGUGCAAUAGUAAUGUCAGCACCUCACAGGCUUAACGUUGGAAUGGUGAUGGGAAU